CUACGAUAGCAGCCAGACCGUCCACCAUCCCUCCGCAACUUCGACAGCCACGAUGGCCCCGGAACACACAGAAACCCACUACCACCCGCACGAUGCGAUCGGUUCGGCAAUGAAGGCGACCACCCUCACUGGUGGGGUUGGUCUCUUCGCGGCCGCCGUGCAGAACACCUUGACCAAGCAGAAUGUCGGACCACUGGGAGUCUUCUUCAAGAGCGGCGGCACAAUCGGUAUUUUCGCGGCAAUGGGUGGUACCUAUGAGUUCGUGAAGACCGCAUCGGCCAACCUGCGAGAGAAGGAAGACCACUGGAACGUUGCGAUUGGAGGUUUCUUCUCUGGUGCCAUUCUGGGUCUGCGAGCUCGGACAUUCCCCGCUCUGAUGGGCUACGGCGCUGGUUUGGCCAUUGGUAUGAGCGGAUUCAACUACGCUGGCGGUCUGUGGGGUUACAAGAGAGACAAAGACCUCUCGGUCGACGAAUUCGAGCGCCGUACACAAUUGCGGAAGAACUACCGGAUUCCCGGGGAACAGACUUUGGCCGAGCUGGGCGAGGGACGAGGUCUCUACGGCCCUGGCUACGCAGAGAGACGGCGCGAGAGAAUCAAGGAAGCAUACGGCUUUGACGUCCCCACGACCCAGGCACCAGCAUCAUGAGAAGGAACGGUUGGAUGUGUUUUGUUCGGCGUGCUUUCUGUAAAUUAUCACCA